AUGAACGGCGCCCAAUUUACAGACCGGGCCAACAAGGCCUUACUGGACUCCAGCGCUCUUGCCGAGCAAUACGCCCACUCACAAAUUCUCCCUAUCCACCUGGCAGUCGCACUGCUCAACCCAUCCCAAGACGACGCCGACGAACAGCCCGCCGGCCAUUCCUCACACGAUGGUGCGACCGCACCACUUUUCCGCCAAGUAGUGGAAAAAGCCCACGGUGACCCCCAGCUGCUGGAUCGCUCCCUAAUGAAGCUGCUGGUCCGACUGGCUAGCCAAGACCCCCCACCAGAGACCGUCAGCGUCUCCCCUGCACUCGCCAAGGUCAUUCGUUCAGCCACCGACUUGUCCAAGACCCAAAAGGACAGCUUCGUGGCGAUCGACCACCUAAUCCAGGCUACUGCCCAAGACUCCCAGGUCCAACGCGCCCUAGCUGACGCAAAUAUCCCCAAUGUCAAACUAAUCGACACUGCCGUCCAGCAGAUUCGUGGCACACGGCGCGUGGACUCCAAGACCGCCGACGCAGAGAGCGAGAGCGAAAAUCUCAAGAAGUUCACCAUCGACAUGACUUCCCUGGCUCGCGAGGGUAAAAUUGACCCUGUCAUUGGCCGAGAAGAAGAAAUUCGACGUGUUAUUCGCAUCCUGAGCCGACGUACCAAGAACAACCCCGUCCUCAUCGGUGAACCCGGUGUGGGUAAGACAACAAUUGUUGAGGGACUGGCUCGCCGUAUUGUCAAUGCCGAUAUCCCCGCCAAUCUCGCUCAGUGCCGCCUGCUGUCUCUCGAUGUUGGCUCUCUGGUAGCUGGCAGCAAGUAUCGUGGUGAAUUUGAGGAGCGUAUGAAGGGUGUCCUCAAAGAAAUCGAAGACUCUAAAGAUACAAUUGUCCUCUUCGUUGAUGAGAUCCAUCUACUCAUGGGUGCUGGAUCUAGCGGUGAAGGUGGCAUGGACGCUGCAAACCUGCUCAAGCCAAUGUUGGCUCGUGGGCAGUUGCACUGUAUCGGUGCUACGACCCUGAGUGAGUACCGCAAAUACAUCGAGAAGGACCAAGCCUUUGAGCGACGAUUCCAGCAAGUCCUGGUCAAGGAACCUUCCGUCCCCGAAACCGUUUCAAUUCUUCGGGGUCUGAAGGAGAAGUACGAAGUCCACCACGGUGUCAAUAUUCUCGAUGGCGCCAUUGUCAGCGCGGCAACUCUCGCUUCCCGAUACUUAACAGGCCGCCGUCUUCCCGAUUCUGCUGUCGACCUGAUCGAUGAGGCUGCCGCCGCGGUUCGUGUAACCCGAGAGUCUGAGCCUGAGGCUUUGGAUACCCUCGAGCGCAAGUUGCGACAGCUUCAGAUUGAAAUUCACGCUCUGGAGCGCGAGAAGGACGACGCAUCUAAAACCCGUUUGGAGGCAGCCAAACAGGAAGCGGCUAAUGUUGCCGAAGAACUUCGCCCCAUGCGUCAAAAGUAUGAGAGUGAAAAGGCACGCAGCAAGGAAGUCCAAGAUGCCAAGAUUAAGCUUGACUCGCUCAAAGUUAAGCGUGACGAGGCAGAGCGUUCAGGGGAUACCGUUACAGCAGCCGAUCUCGAAUACUACGCCAUUCCUGAAACCAAGCAUCUUAUUGAGCGUCUCGAGACCGAGCGCGCCAGGGCCGAUGCCGAGCGUCGCGCUGCCCACGGUGAAGCUGGCGAAGCCUUGCUGGCCGAUGCCGUUGGUCCCGACCAAAUCAACGAGAUUGUUGCUCGAUGGACUGGUAUUCCUGUCACCCGACUCAAGACCACCGAGAAAGAUAAGCUCCUUAAAAUGGAGAAGUACCUGGGCAAGCUUGUAAUCGGACAAAAGGAGGCUGUUGUCUCUGUUUCCAAUGCAAUCAGACUUCAGCGCUCCGGUCUCAGCAACCCGAACUCGCCUCCCAGCUUCUUGUUCUGCGGACCCUCGGGUACUGGUAAAACCCUCCUUACCAAGGCGCUUGCGGAGUUCCUCUUCGAUGAUCCCAAGUCAAUGAUUCGUUUCGAUAUGUCUGAAUAUCAGGAACGCCACUCCUUGAGCCGGAUGAUCGGCGCACCCCCUGGCUAUGUUGGCCACGACGCUGGUGGCCAGCUAACCGAAAGCUUACGCCGUCGUCCUUUCUCCAUCCUUCUGUUCGAUGAAGUUGAAAAGGCCGCCAAGGAGGUUCUCACUGUUCUUCUGCAGCUGAUGGACGACGGUCGUAUUACCGAUGGACAAGGUCGCAUUGUCGAUGCCAAGAACUGUAUUGUUGUUAUGACCUCCAACUUGGGAGCUGGAUUCUUGGCCCGGCCCACAACCAAAGACGGUCGCAUUGACCCCCAAACCCGCGAAUUGGUUAUGGGUGCUCUCCGUGACUACUUCCUUCCCGAGUUCCUCAACCGUAUCUCAAGCACGGUUAUCUUUAACCGUCUCACUAGAAAGGAGAUCCGCAAAAUUGUUGACCUACGACUUGAUGAAGUUCAAAAGCGACUGGACCACAAUGGUCGGAACGUGCUCAUUCAAUGUACUGAGGCAGUCAAGGAUUACCUCGGUGCUGCUGGCUACUCGCCUGCAUAUGGUGCUCGUCCUCUUGGUCGGAUUAUCGAGAAGGAGGUCCUCAACCGUCUUGCCGUGCUCAUCCUGCGUGGCAGCAUUAAGGAUGGCGAGGCCGCCCGAGUGGUCAUGAUUGACGGGCGCAUCGAUGUCUUGCCCAACCACGAGAAUGACUCCUCGGACUCUGAUGACGACGAAGAAAUGGUCGACUCUGAUGAUGCCAUUGCUGAGAUGGAGGACGGCAGCGGCGACAUGGAUCUGUACGAAGAGUAA